UAAGCAGAGCACUCGGGCUCACGCAUAUCAUAUCACAGAUUAAACCUCUUCUGGAAACGGUUUAUCUUGGAAUCUGCGUUAUGGCUCCUCGACCUCGGUGAACAUUCUGCUAGCAAAUUUUACCUGUUGGCAAUGGCAAAUAUUAAGAAAGCUGUAUGCGCUUUUCUGAACAAAAGGUCAGCAUGGGUUUAUCAGGAGAUGCUGAUGGAGGCUGUUAUUGUGCUGUGGUUCAGCAGCCAAAUAGCUAUGAAAAUGGGCUCCCGUUUCUUGCCGGAAUGGCAGGAUAGCCGAGUGAAUCGGAAUGCUGUGACUGAUUUGGAUCAACUGAUUCACUUCUUCGGAUACAAUGUCAGCGGAUGCUUGUGGGAUCGUAUCGCAGCGCCAUGGAAUAACCCGAGAAUGUCCAAAUUGCUAGAUGAUUGUGCAAUCAGUCCAGCUAUGGAGACGGAGGCGACCUUUGGCUACACCGGUACAUUUCUAACGCUAGCAAUGACCUACAUUGUCGCCGCCUCCAUUGUAUGCUCCGCCUUUAUUAACCGUCACUGGAGCUUGCCCUCAACCCAACAGCAUUUUUCCUGCUGCAAGAAAAUCUCGAUGUUUUUCGGAUUCGGUGUCUCUACAGAUGAUUACAUGGCGGAGUGUUUCUACUGCAGCGCCUCUUGGAUUAUCGAUUCUAUUUUUCUCUGGGUUUCUUCGCUUUUCCUCGGCGUUUUAUGGCUAGUUAUCGUCGUUUUGCCUGUGGUGAUUAUGGCAGGAUGCGUGGUUACUGCGAUAAUUGUGUUAUGCGGGGAAGUGGCUGUGUUUCCCUGUUGUAUUACUACGAGCUGCGUUUUAUCUGUUCAUUGUACGGGGCGACUCUGGGGAUUUUGGAUGAACGAGACGUAUUUGUCCUAUAUUAUUCGAACACUAAGGGAUACAUGUGGAGUGCAGCUCCUUCUCGAUCGAUCGGGACGCGGUAAGAAAACGCAACUGCGUCUUCCGUCGGCGCCCCGCAAACAGUACCUGCUGCGAAUGUGUGUGCUGACUGCCGGAAGCACCGCAGUCGCAUACAACGUUUGCUACAAGCUGUUUCUCAGUUUUCCGCACCUUGGCUAUCGACGUUUUGAUGCCGUUGAACUGAACGACUGCUGCGAUGAUUCCAAUGCAAAGGGACUGGAGCAUAUUCCGGCUAUCGUGUCCUACUGGGUAGAUUCGAAAGCGUUUACUGCGGGUCACGUGGAUGGCUUGCUUGAACUGUCACCUUUUGCGCGAACCACGGGACUGACCUUUCUGUUCUGGAGUGCAACGCUCUCGAUUGUCAGUUGUCUAAUAUCUGGAUGUAUGGUGCUCCGCUGGAUCGGGUUUUUACUGUUCUGGACGCCAAUUAGCUGCUUUGUCGUUUGCAAAACCAAGUGUUACUCGCUUUUCGGUUUGAAGAAAGCAAAACUGGAUGUACCGGAUCGACCAAUCGACUGGCUGGAUGAAGCUGAACGGUCCUAUGAUGCCGAGGCGCAACGCCACGAAGCCCAAGCUUUCCUGCAAAUAUCCGAUAAUUCGGCGGAUGCAUCGUAUAGAGAACAUUAUGCACACGUUGACUGUUGCGAAGCGUGCGCUGCAUGGAUGACCGCCAAUUACGCAGCGGACCUUACCGGUCCGGUGGAUAUCUCGGUGCUCCGCGGCCGCCGGCUAGUGUGCUAUGUAUGUCGGGUGCUGCGGCUUCCGCCUGACAUCCUCGAACUGGAUAUGCCCUGCGCCUGCAAUAACAUGACCAAGAUCGUUUGCGUGAGCUUUGUUGGACUAAAAGAACUGCUGUUCUGGACGCUGCUGCCGCUGCCGGUAUCGCAGUGUGUGGUGCCCGAAAGCUGGCAAUUACCUAUCCUGUUGACAAUUCUGACCACCUACACGGCAUUUAUAUUCGGACAGUACUGGGAGUCCCUGCGGGACUGGUGGCGGCACAAAGUAGAGGAAAAAUUAGAGGACAAGAUAUUGUGGGAACGGGUACACAACCUGUGGCAAGCGAUCUUCAAACCGGGUUCUGCUAAUUAUAUGAUGCAAGGAAGAGAUCCGCGAACGAUUUUUGUGAUGUAUGAGUGCAGAACGGUGGUAUCGGAACUGCAGAAAAACGCGCCAGCACCUACCGCCGUAUAAUUUGGUUUGCCGUAUUUGUGCAAGACUGCUAACCUUGCACAUUUUUGAAAGAGUUUUCAUCCGUUUGCUACACUGUUUGCGUCAUGAUGCCGCUUUAUUCACUUUUUGCGGCAGUAGUAAAAUAAUUUACAAGCCAGCACCAACUAGUAACUACCAUUUUCAGGCUUAAGUUUCUUUAUAUACUGUACACAUUUAUUAUUCAUUAGUAAUACGUAAUUAAGUAUCACAUUCGCUAGGUAGAUGUCGUGUUGGACUGUUUGUUGUCGGCCUAACAACUAUUGUUUUGCUUCUUAAAUUUUCCGGUCGUACUUGUUGUUAUUCUUCAUGCUAGCUCACUACGGUGCACAUGACUUACAUUUAGCAUAUUAUAAUACAGUACUUACCUGUUAAAGUAUUGUACUGACAUACUUCACAGAA